UAAAGCCGUUAGUUCAUUAGGAAUGUAUAAUACCAAAUCAUUUUUUGUAAAGCUCACAAAGUGUUUAGAUGUUCCAGUUGAUUCGUUAAGAGACUUGUUUUUAUUUUAUAAUUUCUACCAGUUUUGUCCAAGUUUUCAUUUAUUUUAAUUUUUUUUAUCUCAAAUCGACGAUCAUUUAAACAAAAACAUGAUGCACACUGUCCGAAGCAAUGCUGAUUUCGACAGACAAUUGAUGGCCGCUGGCGGUCGUUUGGUUGUUGUCGACUUUACGGCCAGCUGGUGCGGUCCAUGCAAAAGUAUUGAACCCAAGGUGAAAGCGCUUUCACGUAAAUAUAAGGACAGAGCCGUAGUGCUUAAGGUUGACGUGGACAAGUGCAGCAAUGUGGCUCAUGAUUAUCGUGUGUCUUGUAUGCCGACAUUUGUAUUCAUAAGAAAUGGUCGUAGAAUCGAUCGUUUUUCAGGAGCGGAUGAAAUGGAGUUGGAGUAUAAAAUGUCAAAAAUGGCUAAGGCAAAGUGAGAUGUAGGAUUUGCGAGUAAUAUGAAAGCAGGGACAGGGUCCCACAAUUUUUUAUUUAUAUGUUUUGAACUAAUUUUGUGAAAAAAGGACUUAAUAUAUAAUGUUUUGUAUUGUAAUGAACUUGAUGAUUAUUAUUGUAAUUUUAAAAGAAUGUAAAAUGCAUCUGGUAUGACAUUGUAUGAAUAAAACUGUUGUAACAUUGUAAAACUCUUAAAGUUAAUAAAUAAAAUGGACAAAACAUAAGAUUUA